GAAUUUCUCUAGCAACCAUUCAACAAUAUGGCGGCUACAGUUAUACCUGAGCAUUGGCACUAGAAGGAUAGUAACGUUCAUGUAGAAAAUGACACUGAAUCCUCUAGCAAACCCAAAAGGGUUAAAAUUAGUUUGUGAACUGUGCCAAAAACCAGCGUAUAUUCAGUGUACAAAAUGUCGUGUCACAUAUUAUUGUGGUAUCGAACAUCAGAAAGCAGACUGGAUGGGAAUUCAUGAGAAAAUAUGUCAGAGUUUGAUUGCAUUAAGACAAGCUGCCCCAUUCCUUCCAUCUGAGGAAGAGAGACAAAAACGAGAAAAGCAACUGCAGAGUAAAAAGGAACAUAUGAUUGUUUUGACCAGAACCACGGGACAGAAAUUGCUUUUUGAGGGACGCCAUGAGCAGGCCGUGCCAGCAGCCAUGCAGUCCUUGCGGUUUGCCAUUGAUGUGCAUGGCUUAGCAAGCAUUGAGCUGGUACCCUCUUACCUAAUUCUUGGAGAAGCCAGCAUAGGACUUGGUAGAUUAAAUCAAGCUGAGGAAUAUCUAGCACAAGCCCAGUGGACAGUCCUUAAAACACCAGAAUGUUCAAAUGCAAUAAAAUCCAAACUGUACAGAAAUCUUGGACUUCUGUAUGCCGCGAAAGGAGAGUACGAGGAGGCACUGAGGCAGCUGGCUGAUGAUAUAUACCAUUCAUCUGAAGAGUGUGGCACAGGUGACAUAAGAACCUCAGGUGGAUACUUUCACAUGGCUAACGUUUUCUUCCGACAAGGACGCAUGGAGGUCGCAGAUUCUCUGUACAGUGAAGUUUCAAACAUUUGGUACAAUCACUUACUAAAGAUUGUUCAAGUAAGGACAAAAACCCCAGCUGCCCAGCAAGGAAUUGGACCAUUAAUCCAAGAACAGAUGGAAGAGGAAGAUUCACUAGAUGAAGCUCAAGAAGCUGAGGCCAUACAGGUGCUAAAUGCAAUAUAUGACAUGAGGGAACAUCAGUCAAACAGAAAACCACAGGAUCUAGCUCUGGUUUGCCAUGCACUGGCCAUGUUAUACUUCAUACUCUUCGAUAUACAGAAGGCAAAAGAGUUUGGUCGUAAAGCAGUUGUUGCUAGUGAGGGAGAUCCAAAUGACAAUCUAUCUCGAUCUGUCGUGGAAUUCAUGAAGAUAUUAGAAACUCAGAGGGUUGCUAAUUGACUGUGAUUUUUCUUUUGAAAUGAAAAUCAUAUAUGUAUUUUACAAUAUGUAUAUUUGUUGUAUAAUGUAAUAACUUUUAAGGUCAUUAUCCAGUACUGGCAUAUAAUGUUUCAACAUUGAAAACACAUUGAAUUAUAGUCGAAAUUCGAUUUUCAAAUCCAAACCAUUUUUCAGCGUUUGAAGUUUAUGUUGAAUCUUUGUGCCUGCUGGGUAGUAACCGUCUUUGAAAUAUACAAAUUAAAAGUUUUACACUA